UGUACUACUCCCCCAUCUCUCUAUAUCCUACUAACUACUGCAUUUUCUUCCUCACUACCUUCUCAACAAAAAUGUCAAGUGUUUGCCAGUUCAAAGGGGGUGUCAUUCGUUGUGUCCCGGAUCCGGGAGCUGAGUCCAGUUCCUGCCGGAAGGUGCUGGUACACGUUCCUAGUAAUGAAGUUAUCACCUCCUAUGCUGUUCUUGAAAGCAAGCUGUCGUCUCUUGGUUGGGAGAGGUUCUAUGAUGACCCUGACCUCGUUCAGUUCCACAAACGUUCUACUGUCCAUUUGAUCUCCCUCCCCAACGAUUUUAGCAAGCUCAAGGCCAUGCACAUGUACGACAUCCUGGUAAAAAAUCGAAACAUGUUCGAAGUUAGGGACAUAACUUCUAACCUGAAGUAAGGAUAAGUACUAUGAGUGUGCGUGCCCGCGGGCGUGUUCUAUCUCGUUUACUGUUUGGAUUGGAGUUUAAAUAAACGGGUCUUAUUUACUAGUUUGGUGAUUUUGGUAUACAUAAAUAUAUGGGUUUCGUAUUUUAAGCGGAGAUGUGGUUGGAGUAGAAUAUGAGUCUUAGUUAUAUAGGAAGCCAAUGUACUUGACCGUAUGGGGUCAUGCUUCUGUACGUAAAUUGUAUCAGUGAUUGUGAAAUGGAAAUCUGGUUUUUCGUUCUUUUAUUUUAUUUUAUUAGGGGUAAAUGUGCUCUUGAAUCAAUUUGUGUAUAGUUC